AUGGAGCUCUAUUUUGCUGUAUUUUUGCUAGCUUUGUUUACAGUGACAUUACCGAGUUCACACCAUAUUUUUCGAACUGAAGAGUAUGGUAAGAGCUGUCUUGGUACAAAGAAAGCUCCUGUUGUAAGCCUCCGGCAGAUAGCCUUGGCUUUCGAGUUUAAUUUUACUGGGGAUUGGUUAACUUUGGACACAGAUAAGUAUUAUAUAUUAAAAGGAACGAAUUGUUAUGAAAAGAAUAUAUCGCUUCAUUGCGUUUGGUGUUGGGCUCUAAUUUGCAUGUACCCUAAUCCCGUAGUCGUUUUUGUGUGUCAACGUCAUCAGCGCCCUGUUGUCUCAUUGUUCCUUGUUCGGACAAAAAGACACAAGCGACCAUGUGCUUACUAUCCAAAUUCUACAGCGUCAUUUCACCUAUUGUUAAUUGGUGAUUUAGUGUUCAAACUUAAUCCAGGACCUGAUUCCAAACAACAAUGCCCUAUAAAACCAAUUGUAUCUGUGCGAGGAAGUAGUUCGUUUGUGCCUAUUGUUGAACGAAACCCAAACAAUCUAAUUAAGAUCAAUUGUUUGCCAGUGAUCCGCAACGUUAAUCAUCAAUUGUCUUUUUGUCUACUGAAUGCAAGGUCUGUCAGAAAUAAGUCAGCGGAUAUAUUUGACUAUGUUUGUGGUUCUAAAGCUGACAUAUAUGCUAUUACUGAAACAUGGCUCACCUCGGUAGAUGCUGCUGUUCGCGCGGAGCUGUGUCCUAGUGGAUAUAAGCUUGUAGACCAGCCUCGCAGAAGUCGUCGUAGGGGUGGCACCGCACUUUUGUACAGAGACCGUCUUAAUGUAGUCAAAAAUAACGCGGAUGAAAUGGAGUCAUUUGAGUAUUCGGACUGGUGUGUGCAACUUCAGCCAACACAGAAACUUCGCGUUGUUAUUGUUUAUCGGCCCCCGUAUUCUGAAAGGCAUAAGGUCUCUACGCAGGUUUUCUUCAAUGAAUUUUCAGACUUCCUGGAGUCAAUUGUUAUGACGGAUGAAAAGCUUCUAAUCGUCGGCGAUUUCAAUAUUCACAUUAAUGCUCUGGAUGAUUCUGACGCGAUUAAUUUUCAAGAUUUACUGGAGUCGUUCAGUCUCCAGCAACAUGUGUUAAGUCCAACCCACACCCAUGGACAUACCCUCGAUCUGUUUAUAACCCGCCAAACAGACAGAAUUAUAAGAACUCCACCUUUUACUGACCGCUACCUCUCUGACCAUGCUUCAGUUUUGUGUGAUAUUCAAUUUGAUAAGGCAUCUCUGACUGUUAAAAGUGUAACUUAUAGAAAAAGCUGGGUUUGGAAGCCAUUUUCAAGAAUUUUAGACCGAUAUCCAAUCUACCAUUUGUGUCUAAACUUGCAGAGAGAGCUGUGUUUGAACAGAUGCAUGUUCAUAUGGUAGAUCAUGGUUUGUAUCCACCAGGACAGUCAUCAUAUCGGAAAAACCACAGUACUGAAACUGCGCUGCUGAAGGUGAAAAAUGACUUACUGAUGAACAUGAACAAACAACAUGUUUCACUCCUUGUUUUUCUGGACAUGAGUGCGGCCUUUGAUACAGUAGAUCACGGUAUUAUGAUAGAGCGUUUAUCAUCUAAACUAGGAUUUUCCGGUACAGCAAUCAGUUGGUUCCAGUCAUACCUAUUCGGGAGAUCUCAGCGUGUCACUGUUCGUGGUACUGUCUCUGAUAGGUUUGAUGUGGCCUAUGGCGUUCCUCGGGGAUCUUGUUUAGGACCUCUAUUGUUUACAAUUUAUGUGAGUAAACUGUUUGAUAUCGUUCAGAGGCACUUACCAGACGUUCAUUGCUAUGCCGAUGAUUCGCAGUUGUAUGUUGCAUUUAGACCUAAAGUCGAAUCUGAGCAAUCGGAUGCUGUCACAGCAAUGGAACGAUGCAUUGAAGACAUUAGGAAAUGGAUGAGUGAAGACAAGUUGCUUUUGAAUGAUGAAAAGACCGAGUUCCUCCUUAUCGGAACUAAACAACAACUCGCCAAGGUUAACCUCGAUCACAUUACAGUUGGAACCACUGAUAUUGCUCCUCAACCUGUUGCCAAAAAUCUCGGGGUAUGGAUGGACUCUAACCUUACCAUGAGUACACACAUUUUAAGAACUAGUUCCUCUGGGUUUUAUUUCUUAUAUAACAUAAGACGUAGUUUGUUGUAUGGACUACCCAAUUGUCAGCUGGCUAAGUUACAAAGAGUGCAAAAUGCUGCUGCACGUCUAAUAUUUCAGGAAUGGAAGUAUUGUUGAAUUACACCUCUCUUGAAGAACUUACAUUGGCUACCCGUCAAAUAUUGUAUUAACUUUAAAGUACUUUUACUUACGUUCAAAGCCACUCAUGGAAUGGCUCCACAGUAUCUAAGUAACCUUAUUAGUCUCAAGAAAUCUAAUAGAUACAGUCUUCGUUCUAGCAAUACUUUAUUACUUGGCACUCCGUCCCUCAAGUCAUUUAAGACUUUGGGAGAUAGGGCAUUCUGUAUGACUGCCCCAGCAUUGUGGAACAGUCUACUGUACUCUAUUAGAAAUUGUAGCGCUGUAAUAAUUUUAAACAAUUAGUUAAGACGUUUUUAUUUCGUCAAGCUUUUGAUUAGCUUGGAACGGUUUUUUAGUGUAAUAUAUUUGUAAAAUUCUUAACUUCUGUAAUGCGCAUUUGAAAAUUGUAUGGUUGAUAAAUGCGCAAUAUAAGCUAAUAAAUUAUUAUAAUUAUUACCAGUUCGAUACAAGACACAAACUCUGCCCAAUUAUUUACACCCUUUAGGAAACCAAGGAUCAUCCUCCUUUGAUCUUCCUCCAUAUAAAUUGUGCAACUCUUUAA